GAGCAAGUAAAGCAAAAAGGCAAAAAUUGAGGAGAAAUUUUGGAAAGUAAUAAGAAUUGGGUGCAGGUUACAUAAAAUUUUCCAUAGGAAGCUGUUUUAUUCAUCACAGCAAAGAGACCAAAUGUAAGAUGGGUACAAGGUGAUGAAAUGAGUUCUACUAAAUCUGUCAUAGAUAAUUUGAAGAGUACAGAAAUUAUUCAACUUUUUAAUAUGGCUAGAGGACAGUUUAAACCUCCAAGUUAUCCUGAAUCACCAUUGAUUAGUUUUCCUGAUGGCCCAUGGGAAUCAUUGUUGGAAGAUAGGUUUUUGAGCACUUUUACAGAAAUCUGUGAACAUCAUCUACUGAUAGUGCCAGAACGUAAAGCAAGUGCUGCAACAAAUGAAGUGCUUAUUGAAGCUGCAUCGUUGUCAAAGAAAGAUCAAGAAAAUUUAUUCAGAGAGUUUCUGUUAGACACUUUUCCAAGUGUGUAUAUGAGCAGGGCAGCCUUUACAAGAUUCAUGAUUCGCUUGGGAUGGAAUGCAGAUGAGGCACAGAAUUUGUUCCGGUCAGCUGACAUUUACAACAGAUCAUCACUGUCAUUUAGAGAUUUUCUCUACAUCAUAGCAGCAUUAGAGCCCAUGACAUCUCAUGUAGGAGCUGCAGCAGAAAUUCGUUGCCGUUACAUCUACAGAUUUUUUUCUAAGCGUCAAGGUGAUGGAAUGGAUUUUGAAGACUUCACUAAGCUUAUUGAAGCUCUGCAGAAAUGCAAGAAUCAAAAUGCAACUGCUGCAGUAGUAUCACAAGAAGCUGAUAAAAUCAUCAAGUAUGAGCAGAAACUAUUAUCUUUAAAAAAUUAUGAGUUAGAGAUUUGGUAGCAUGUACUUUAAGGCAUUGCCUGGUAGACAUAUGAAUGGAAAUACUAAAGUGUCCUUUCAUAUGGCCAUCAGACUCAAGUUACAAGACAUAAUUCAUUGUUUAGAGGGUGGUAAAAUUACUGUGCACA